AGAGAUCGGAACACGGAUCUGGACCGGUUUGCUGGCUUUUAUUAUAUAAACAGACUGAGAGCCAGCACACGACACCCUGAGCCGGAUUACAGCCCUAAUUUACCUCCACUGCCCUGAAAAGACUGGUUACUACGAUGUGCUCCUUUGUGGCUUCCCAGUCGGAUGUAUAAAUAAUAAACAAGUAUUGGUUAUUUUAACUUUUUUUAAGACUUUGAGAGGAUUUAAGGUAGAUUUACUACUUUUGGAGAACUUUUACGCACAGCCUUAAUACAUGGACAACUCUGCAAAUCACAAAUGCAAACUUUUGAUGGUGUUUUUCUGCUUUUUAGGGGCUUAUCUGUAAGUGCAGUUCCUUUUCGACUAAUCCAGUUUCUCAAGUGAAUCAUCGGGAUCACAUCUCACUUCCGGCGCUACCCGUAAUAGUAACACAGAUCGUUUCACACACGCGUAAAGAGACACAGGUGCCUUCUUAACGGGAGUUGAUGCUGUUUCUCCCCCCUCUUUAUGCUUUGAGGCGAGUUUUCCGCUUUGGACACUAAUUUUCCAGACUCCACCGUCUGUAAUGCUGCCACUCUCCCCUCUGUUGCUGAUCAUUUUCCCUGCGGCAUUCCUCGUCGUUGCGCAAGGCGCCGGGGACCUGCACGGAUUCACGUUCCCUGGAGGGAGCGCAGGGUUUGAUCCGACAGACCCAUGCAUGAUAGUGACUCCACCAUGCAUGAGUGAAGCUGAUCGCUACAGCCUGGAGGCUCUGCGAAACAUCCAUGAAAUGAUGGACGAUGACCGGGAUGGAGGAAUUGAGGUGGAGGAAAGCGUUGAGUUCAUAAUUGAAGAUAUGAAACAACAACAGACUAACAAACAUAACAACUUGCACAGAGAAGACCAGCACAUCACAGUGGAGGAGCUCUGGAGAGGCUGGAAGUCUUCUGAAGUACAUAAUUGGACUCAAGAUGAAGUGCUGCGCUGGCUGAAGGAGUUUGUUGAGUUGCCACAGUAUGAGAGGAACUUUAAAGACAUUAAAGUGAAUGGAAACACACUCCCCAGGAUUGCAGCCAAUGAGCCUUCAUUCCUGAGUGGAUACCUGAGGGUUCAGGACCAGAGAGACAAACAGAAACUCAACAUUAAAGCUCUUGAUGUGGUUCUCUUUGGACCACCUACACGUCCUCCUCAUAACUACAUGAAAGACCUGCUGCUUAUUGUAUCGGUGGUGAUGGGAGUUGGAGGCUGCUGGUUUGCCCAGGCCCAGAACAAAGCCAGCAAGAUCCACAUAACCAAGAUGAUGAAAGAUCUGGAGAGUCUUCAGAGGGCUGAACAGAGCCUCAUAGAGCUACAGGAACAAUUGGAACGAGCCCAGGAGGAGAAGCGUAAUGUGGCGGAGGAGAAACAGAACCUGGAGGAGAAGAUGAGAGAUGAGAUCAUGGGGGCCCAGGAAGAAGCCUACCGUCUGCAUGAGCUGAGGCAGGGAGCUGUCACUGAGCUCAGCCGUCUUCGAUAUGCAGAGGAAGAACUGGAGCAGAUUCGUGGAGCCCUCAAGCAGGCAGAGAAGGACAUGCAGGCUAGCUGGACAGCUUCAGAGGCUCUCCAGGAAUGGCUGCAGGUCACACAUGAGGUGGAAGUUCAGUACUAUAAUGUAAAGAAACAGAGUGCAGAACUACAGCUCGCCACUGCCAAGGAAGAGGCGGAGAGAAUCAAAAAGAAGAGGAGUUCUGUGCUGGGGACUCUCCAUGUGGCUCACAGCUCCUCUCUAGACCAGGUUGAUCAAAAGAUCCUGGAAGCAAAGAAUGCUUUAUCUGAAGUAACAGCCUGUUUACGGGAGCGCCUUCAUCGCUGGCAGCAGAUUGAGCGCCUUUGUGGUUUUCCUAUAAUCAAGAAUCCUGGUCUAGCAAACCUCAGUGCGCAGCUUUACUCAGACUCGAUUGCUCUAGGAUUGCCCCGAGUGCAACAGCCAUCUUGUUCAUGCCACAGCUCGGUCCAUGGAUCAAUAGAGGAUCUGUUAGAUGAAACUGCCUCUACAAUCUUACCACAAAUGCCAGGUCCAGUCCAACCACUGAAGUGUUCUCCUCGAACACAUGGUUCCACCAUAUGUCGGUCACGUCGAACUGGUGUCAUCACCCAGCCACCAGCUGCAAUGAUCUCCCCAGACCCUGACCUUCUUAUUCCAAUCCGAGCUCCUUAUCCUGGCUUUGAUGAGGAAGAGUCGCUGUUGCGCAAAACUCUAAAGAAACAAGAUUCCCAGGAAAUGUACACAGACUCAAAUUAUUUAACAUCACCUCCUCUCAGCAAAAUGUUCUCAGGACCUGGUAUUGAAGUUGCCCCUCGAAAGCUCUUUCAUGAUGAAACUGAAAUGUUUGUAGAUGUCUCCACCACAAAAUCGUUGAAUAAAGAAGGAGAAGCUUCUGUUGAGUCUCCCAUUCGCAAAGUUUCUGUAGAAGAACUAGAGGCCUCUAUUGAUGUUGCCACUGGGAAGAUGGCACAAGACAAAGAAACAGAUACUUUUCUGGAAAACCCAACUUUGAAGAUGUUGAAAGAUGAAGCUCUGAUUGAGGCAAAUUCAAGAAAGAUAUCCAGAGACAGGAGUGAUGUUCCUGGCGAUGUUGCAGUCAGAAAGGUGCUCUCCGGUGAGCUGGAUGCAGAUUUUCCACCUAGGAAAGCAGAGAGAGAUACCAUAUGUGAUCUGAUGGACACUGUUCCAAGGAAUAUAUACAGAGAAAGAAACGAUUUACCACUGGAUGUGAGAAAGUUUCUUUGGAAUGGAGUAGAAGUACCAUCAGAUGUGACACCUAGGAAGAUAUCAAGAGACAUGAUGGGUUCUUCAAUGGACAGUGCUUCAAGAAAGAUGAUGCGAGAUGAUGUUGAGCAUUCAUUUGAUACAGUAUCCCGAAGAAUUACAAGAGAUUCAAUGGGAAUGUCCCUUGACACUAGCUCUCGAAAAAUUCCAUGGAAUAAAGGAGAAUGUCAGCUUGAUGUCAGCUCUGUGAAGAAAGCAGGAAUGGACAAAUUUGUUGAGAUCCACAGAAACCCUCCAAGGAAGAUAUCUAGAGAUGAGUUGGAGUAUUGUGCUGAUAGUGGGCCCAUAAAGAUGCUCCCCAGGGAGAAAUUUGAAGCACUUAUGGAUACUUGUUCAUCAACAGAGAGGCAGGAGUUUGCCAUAGAACCACCAACAAAUAGGAGAAUUCUGAGAGAUGAACAUGAGAUGUCUGCUGGUUCUCUCAGAAGGAGAAUUCCAAGAAUGACAAGAGACUACGGUGACAAUUCCAUUGAUACACCCACAGGGAAAAUCUCCUGGGACAGAGUUGAUGUUUCCAUGGAAUUACCUAAACAACUGAUUAUGAGGGAGGACUUGGGUGCAACCGAAUCAAGCUCGUAUCCAGGUCGAAUUGGACAACCAGACCUUACAGCAACCUCCCAGGUGCCAUGGAAAUCCUCUUCAGAUCUCUUUACUGUUGGUCCACUGAGCCAACUGGUCUAUGAUGGAAUCUUAGAGAAGUCCUGUAACUCCAUGGCUACAACUCCAACAGGUCUUUCUGCCUCGACACCCAACCUGCCACAGAGUAGGCUGGUGGGAGAGGUGGAGCCACCUAUGAUUGUUGCCUUUCCAUCUCCUCCAUUAACCCAAGAGACUGGAGAUGAAAAGAACAAAGAGAAAGAGAAGGGGAAGAAAUCCUUAAAGCUAAAGAACCUCUUCAAAAAGAAACGUGAGCAAAGUCCAGAGAAGGUUCAAAGUGGUCUUCAGAAACUCUGACCACCAGCUGAGAAUAUUUUCUUACAUGUUUAUUUAUUUAAAAGACCUCAGUGUAGAGACAUGGUACUUAAAAAACAUGCAAAGGUUGGAUAUUUUCAGGCCCAAUAGUGUACAGAAUGUGAACAUUUCAUUGGUUGAAUAAAUUAAAUAAAUAAUGUCAUUUUGUUGCACUGAAGUCAUAUUUAAAGCGGUAAAAUAGAAUUAUGACGCAUUUGUAAAAUUCUGGAAACACAAGUCCUCUAAAGGUGUUAAGUAAGACACUCUGCAAGAGUUUGAUAUUUUUUAAUAUAACAUAUUUUAUAUUUGAAUAUUAUUUUUGAUGUUGGUUAAGUCUUACGUAUGGUUGACACCAUAUAUAUUAGAUAAUUUUAGAUAGAUAAUAUUUAAUACCUGGCCUAUGGUUAAAGGGUUAAAUGAUUUUUAAAAGGAUGCUGCUCUUCUGUAUAACAGAGAAAAUGCUUGAAUUUAGUUUAAAAUACAUCAACUAAAGGGAGGAAAUAAGUGAAAUUUUGUUUAAUUUAGUGAUGUGUCAUUUUUUUAGCCUCUGAUCUUAAGUUACGUGAUGCAGAAAAUGAAAUGAAUCCGGUGUGAAUUUAUUUCAAUUAUAGUUUUGCGAAUUUCCUUAUAGUAUUUUAGUAGAGCUCACAUUCACUGUAAAGUGGGCCGAUGUUGAAUUGAUGAUUGAAGUUUAUCUUAAAGAUUUUCAGUUAAAUAGUCUGUCAAAAUGAGAAAAUACUAUGAUGAUUGAGACUGUAUCCCAUCAACCAUUUUAUAUGAAUGUCUUACAGUUGUAUGAUCUGGCUGUCUCUGAUGACAUUCCUGCAAAAAAAAAAAAAAAAAAAAAAGAAAAAAAAUUAUCAUCUGUGGACAGUAGUGG